AUGAGUGAUCUGGCUAAUUAUAAAAGAUUGGAAAAAGUGGGCGAAGGUACAUAUGGUGUGGUUUAUAAAGCAUUAGAUUUAAGACACAACAAUAGAAUAGUAGCGUUAAAAAAAAUCAGAUUAGAAAGUGAAGAUGAGGGUGUUCCAUCAACUGCUAUUAGAGAGAUUUCUUUAUUAAAAGAAUUGAAGGACGACGAUAUUGUUAGGUUAUAUGAUAUUGUAUAUUCGGAUGCACAUAAAUUGUAUUUGGUGUUCGAAUAUCUAGAUUUAGAUUUGAAAAAAUAUAUGGAAAGUGUUCCUAAAAAUCAGCCCUUAGGUGACAAAAUUAUUAAGAGGUUUAUGAUGCAAAUGUGUAAAGGUAUAAGCUACUGCCAUUCUCAUAGAAUUUUACAUCGAGAUUUGAAACCGCAAAACUUAUUGAUCAAUAAGGAUGGGAACUUGAAACUAGGUGAUUUUGGAUUAGCUAGAGCGUACGGUAUCCCGUUACGGGCAUAUACACACGAAGUUGUCACUUUAUGGUAUAGAGCACCAGAAAUCUUGUUGGGCGGUAAACAAUAUUCCACUGGGGUUGAUAUAUGGAGUAUUGGGUGUAUAUUUGCAGAAAUGUGUAAUAGGAAGCCAAUUUUUAGUGGUGAUUCAGAGAUUGAUCAAAUUUUUAAAAUUUUUAGAAUUUUGGGCACUCCUAAUGAAAAUACAUGGCCUGAUGUAGUAUAUUUACCUGAUUUCAAAACUACUUUUCCUAAAUGGCGUACUAAGGAUCUGCAUGAUAUUGUACCGUCGUUAGAUGAUAAUGGAAUUGAUUUACUAACCAAAAUGUUGAUAUUUGAUCCUAUUAAUAGAAUUAGCGCAAAAAGGGCAGUCUUACAUCCAUAUUUUAGAGAUGACGAUGACGAUAACUCUGUUACUAAUGGUAACAAUAGCUUUACUGGGGAGGAAAGAGGGAAAGAUAUAAAUGGGGAGAAAGUCAUGGAAUCAAAACAAGAACUAGACGGAAGAGGACCUGAUGUUGGUGAGAGAAACAAGGGUCAUCAUAAUCAGGAAGAUGAUUACGAUGCAAUGGUAGAUACCACUAACUCCAAUAAUGACAUACAACAAGAACAAAGUAUCCCAAAUGGAUAUGCUUAG